AUGGAAGGAGAUAACUUAUGCCCGCACAUUAGCACAGUAAAGAGAAUCAGGUUCACAGAGGAAGAAGAUAACAUGUUGAAAGAAUUGGUUCGCAACAAAAGAAACAAGACUUGGAAAGAAAUUGCAGCUUGCCUUCCUGGUCGAACAGCUUGCCAAUGCCGUGAUAGAUACAACCAGUAUCUAUUCAAAGAGGUUGUCAACAAGCCAUGGACACCAGAAGAAGACAAAACAAUUGUCGAUCUUUAUAAGCAAUAUGGCCCACACUGGGUAAAGAUUUCCAAGUUCCUUCCAGGUAGAAGUGGAAACAACAUUAAGAACAGAUGGAACACUGCAUUAACAAGUUUCCAUGGAAUUGCCUUCAAUAAUUCUAAACAGGAAAGAAGAUCUAAGAAGGAAAAAUGGCCACAAAAUGAACAGAUAGAGCAGAAGAACAUGCCUGAAUUACCUCCACCUUCUCCAGUUCUUCUUAAUACUUACAUUCCAGUUUACCAGCCAAUCAGUAAUCUUGGCAUGAAUUUAUACUACCCAUAUGCUACAUUAUACAAACCAAUCAAUUGCUAA